AUGAGCAAAUUUAGCUUAAAUUUUAUUUGAAAAUAUAUAACCGGAUUAAAAUUUUGGUUGAAAGUCCCAAAUGGAACCAAAAAUGAUCAUCAGACAACUUUACACUCUACGACGAAGAAAACGAAUACAGAACCGUCAUCUUUGAAAACGCAGGUAUUGGAGCAUAAAAGAAAAGUCAAAUUCUUAUUAGGCUUUACCCUGAAAAAAGGAGAAAAUUAUAUCGAAGUUUGUUUGUUGAAAUUUGACCACGAAGCAAAAAGAUCAUCCAUUACAGGGUGGGGCAACAACCAUAAAGCCAUGAAACGGCAAUUUACUAUCAAUUUAAUCAAGAAUGAAUGAGAAGUUUUUACUACUAGGCCCAAAAAAUCGUAUAAGUAUACUGAUGGAUUAUUUGCAAGAGAUUUUUGUUUUUGGAUGAUUCAGAAAGCUAUCCACUAUUGAAAUAGAAUAAUUUUAACCCAAAGAAUUGCAGCAGCUCCAGAAAUUCUACCAGAAGGUCCCAUUUAA